AUGGACGACGACGACGACUACGGCUCCGACGAGUUCGACUCCCUGCCACCGGGUACGUUGUAUGAGUUGGAACAGAAUGCUUUCCAAGCAACCCAGGCUACGGCCUCGCAGAACUUCAGUGUCCCGAUAAACAGCCACUCCGGUUUGCGCGCCCACGCACCCUCGAAUCACACGGGUUCCCUACGGCCACCGCCUCGCUUGCACACCGGAUUGACCAACGAUUACAAUACAUUGGAGGUGGGGGAACUCGAAGCUGAGGUAUACGACAAUGUGGAUGGGCAACAUGCUGUUUCAUUCCAUCACCAUGAACCGGUUCAGGACAUUGAAUGGACAUCCAAUACUGGGAUGGGCGAUGCAAUGGAGGUAGACGAAGGCUAUGGGCAGGUAAAUAUGGCUGAGAUAAAUGCACGCCUAGUGCAGAUGGAACAAGAACGAGAACAGAUUAUGCGAGAGUUAGCUGAGGCCAAAGAUCAAGUCGCCAUGAAAACUGGAGAAAUCAGCAUCAUUCGAUCAAAGCAAACAAAGAUGACUCAAGAUUAUGACCGACAGCUCGCAGCCCUACGAAAGUCAAUGACUGAUGCGACGGCCUCGCACAAGCUCGAGGUAGAGGCCGCAAUGUCCGAAGGCAAGGUGUUGGCAACGGAGAAUGUGUUCCUUCAGCAAGAACUUGUGGAGGAAGCUUUACAGGCUCGUAACUACAAAGCACGGCGUCGAAACGAAGACAAGGCGGCCCCGGUCACUCCCAAGAAGUCCAGGAUACUGCCCUUCCGUGAUGGGUUCGAUGAUGAUGAGAUCGUCGUGGUUUCACCGACCAAGUCUGCAGCACCCGCGAAGCGAGCCACGCCGACAGUACCUGGGAAACGAAAACGACAAGCUAGUCAGGAUAGCCCAACUCCACUAGAGCUCAAUCCUGCAGGUGUAGAGCAAAUCAUGACUGAUGCCUCAGUCGAUGCAGCAGAGGUUGCCCAGGCGAAACGCAAAUCUGUACAGUCAGGUCGCAACCAGCGGUUCAUGAUGCGACUACUAAGUCACAAAAUGCAUCAUAGUGAAGAGACAGACCUGGAAGCAAUGGCCAAGUUGGCCUUUCCUUCGGAACCAGAUCGCUCCAUGUCCAGAAUUGUCAUGGAUACCAUUGCCCAUGUUGAUAUGGACAGCUACAUAGUAGAAUAUACGCAAGCGAUUGCCUCGCUAUGGCAGCGUGCAAUCAACGAAAAGUUCUAUGAACCGAUCCCCCGAUUUGCCUCUAUUGUCCGGUUCAUUCUCAUGUCGGACGACACGCCACUUUCUGAAAUUAUCACACCUCUAGUCGGACUUUUACAGGACUCUGUGGAAGUGAAUGCCGUCCCUCGGUUCAAGUAUGCUCCAGCAUCGAGGGACAAACGAGUGGCAGGCCAGACGCCGCAAGCAGAUCUACAGCCUUUAGUUGAUUCCACUGAAGCCUUGCGGCUGCUCUAUCAAAUUGCCUGUGGAUUAUUGCACAACAGGAGUGCUCUCCAAACUUUCUGGGAGAACAUUCGCAUAUCGUUUAUUCUUGUGAUGCUUCACCCGUCACAUCCACUCGGGGAUAUUGUACUACUAAUGAAUCUACUGUCGACAAGCAUUCGUCCAACCUCUUUCGGGUCGAUCAGAACAUCAGAUCAAGACCAAUUAGAUGUGCAAAAAUGGAUUGUGGAUCGCCUAACACACAUGCUCAGCGAGCCCGCAAUACCAGAUGAAGGUGUUGAGCCAUACACUCCAUACGAUGUCUGUGCCAUGCGACUCGAGGUACUACUACUGCUAGAGUCAUUGGCAUUCAGUCCAGCCACUGUAUCUCAAGGUCAUGCAAGUACGAUUCUAGCCCUACACCCAAAUGCACUGGCACGCUUAUUCCGAUCGAUGCACGACGAGUUGGAUGCAUUGUAUUGCUCCCCGCCAGAGCAGGUGCUGCGAGUUGCCCUAGUUAACGGUCUCAUGCGGUUGAUUUUUGGGGUCAUGCGUGAACAUGGACCCUCAAUCAACAUGCAAGAGAAACUGGCAUGUGUUCCUGGCAGUAAACAGAAACAUCUUGUUGUGUUGACUCGAUUAGCAUUCUGUGAUGGAACUAUCUUAGAGGCGGGCAUCGAUGAUGAGACUGUUGAUAUGGCCCACGAGCUACUUGAGGAGUGGACUAAUCCUCAAGAAGCGGAGUCAUUGGCAGAGGCGUUUCCGAGCUCUAGGAGGGAUUGA